AAAUUUAACACACCUGCUCCCCAUUCACACCUGAGACCAGUGGUGUCCCGAGGCAGGUGCGGUCUGCACCGGGUGACACCGACCGCACGGGGUAACACCGGACCCGCUCCACAAAAAGGUAAGUUGUAAAGAAAGCUGAUGAUCCCCACAGGAUGGAUCGGAUCUGCGGAUUGAGCAUAAUGGAUCGGAAUCCGAUCCAUUAUGCUCAAUCCGCAGAUCCGAUCCAUUCUGCGGGGAUCGUCGGAGGGGGUGUCACCAAGUUGUACCGCACCGGGUGACACCAACACUAG